AUGAAUAGUCAAGAUAUUCAUACCAAAGUUGGCGAGCGAUACGGAAGUGCAGCGAAGGGGUCCAAUGCAGCAUACAGCACUAAUGUUGCGAAAGCCUUUGGCUAUUCGAACGAGGACCUCGACUCCAUCCCCAAAGAGGCUAACCUGGGACUGAGCUGCGGCACGCCUUUGGCGAUUGCUUCACUGAAGGAAGGCGAGACUGUUAUCGACCUGGGAAGCGGUGCUGGACUAGAUAUCUUCCUCUCCUCCAGCAAAGUCGGGAUAACUGGCAAGGCUAUCGGUGUUGAUAUGAACGAGAACAUGCUCGCCAAAGCCAGGAAGCUCAAGGCAGAUCGAUCUAUGGAAAACGUUGAAUUUAUUGAGUCUCGCAUCACCGACAUAGCUCUGGAAGACAAUAUUGCCGAUUGCAUCAUAUCCAACUGUGUGGUCAAUCUGAUACCUCAUGAUGAGAAACAAAAAGCAUUUAAUGAAAUGCACCGUCUGCUGAAGCCUGGAGGACGAGUCGCUAUAUCCGAUAUCUUGGCGAAGAAGCCACUUUCCGAUGGUAUCAGAAACAGCAUGGCACUUUACGUCGGAUGUAUUGCUGGAGCAAGCCAAGUCGAGGAGUAUGAAGGGUACCUGAAACUUGCAGGCUUCACUGAUAUUCUCAUCACUGAUGCGAAGAGUGACCUGAAUGUAUACCUUGAUGCGUCAUCUGAUGCUGCAGCAGGCGGAUGCUGCUCUGCCCCAGAGAACAUGGCUGAUGAUCUCGAGGGACAAGAUCUCAAUGAAUGGGCCGGUAUGUAA